AUGUCCAACGAACGCUCCACUUCCCGCGGUCGUGAGGCUGUCACCUAUACCUAUGGCCGUGGUGGCGCAGGAAACAAAGUUCGAUCUCCUUCUCGAGACCCUUCUGGACAACCUGGUGUAGCCCCAGACGACUAUUCGGCCACCCGUGGACGUGAACUUCCUCCAACGACAAAUGUAGAGGGAAAGAUUAUCACUUACGGACGAGGAGGCGCUGCCAAUCAUCGCUCCCUCUCGCGCGAUGCUCUUGUCGAGUCACGCAAUGCCCUCAAGGAAGAGGCAAAAUAUGUGCGCGAACAUGUGACAAAUGACGUUCCAGUCUCUCAUGGCCGAGGUGGCGCUGGCAAUAUUUCCAACUCGCGCUCCCGUUCCCGCUCACGAGACCCAACGGCUGCCGUCGGAAACCCAGCUACCGUCGGUGUCUUGCAUGGCAAGGGCGGUUAUGGCAAUGUGAGCCAUCCCGACGGCACAGACUCGACCCUCGAGCGUCUUGCAGAGGAAGAGGAGCAGAAGCGUAUUGGUGCCGAACGCCAUGAAAGAGAGGAAAAGGAGGGUCAAGUUCACUCGACUGGACGAGGCGGCUUUGCCAAUUUCUUCCAUCGCACGAGCACAGACGGCAACUCUACGCGCGACAAAUCCCGUGACGCCUCCAAGACGCGCAAGUCUGGCGAGUUCCUUUCGACUGGACGGGGAGGUGCAGCGAACAUUGUCCACCGCGACUAG